GGCAAGAUGGCGGCGGGAGCCCCGCGGCUGGCCCCGGGCCGCGGCGCCCGGCGGGGCUGAGCCGAGCCCCGAGCCCAUUGACCCACCGCUCUCCCGGCCCCACCGCCCUGCGCCCCGCUCCGGGCCAUGCCCGGGUAGCGCCCGCUCCCAGCACACGGCGGGGCCCCUGUUCAGAGCACCCUCCCCUCGCUCCGGGCCGUGCCGAGCCCGGGCGGCUCCUCAUGGCAGGCGCAGCCUUGCCCCUGCCCUGACUGCCCCGAGCCCUGCCCUGCCCUGCCCGGAGCAGCCCCUUCCCCGCGGCGCUGCGGGAGCGGGACCGCAAAGAUGUUCUCGGCCCUGAAGAAGCUGGUGGGGUCGGAGCAGGCUCCGGUCCGGGACAAGAACAUCCCCGCGGGGUUGCAGUCCAUGAACCAGGCGCUGCAGCGGCGCUUCGCCAAGGGCGUCCAGUACAACAUGAAAAUUGUCAUCCGAGGGGACAGGAACACUGGGAAAACCACACUCUGGCACCGACUGCAGGGAAAGAAAUUUAUUGAGGAAUAUAUUCCAACUCAGGAGAUCCAAGUCACCAGCAUCCACUGGAAUUACAAAACCACUGACGAUAUUGUUAAGGUUGAAGUCUGGGAUGUCGUUGACAAAGGAAAGUGCAAAAAACGAGGCGAUGGUUUGAAGCUGGAGAAUGACCCUCAGGAGGCAGAGUCAGAAAUGGCUCUGGAUGCAGAGUUCCUGGAUGUCUAUAAAAACUGCAAUGGUGUAGUGAUGAUGUUUGACAUCACCAAGCAGUGGACAUUCAACUAUAUUCUGAGGGAGCUUCCUAAAGUGCCGACCCAUGUUCCAGUGUGUGUGCUUGGGAAUUACCGAGACAUGGGGGAGCACCGGGUCAUCCUGCCUGGUGAUGUGCGGGACCUCAUCGACAACCUGCACAGGCCUCCUGGCUCCUCAUAUUUUCGCUAUGCUGAGUCUUCCAUGAAGAACAGCUUUGGCCUCAAGUACCUGCACAAGUUCUUCAACAUCCCCUUCUUGCAGCUGCAGAGGGAGACGUUGCUGCGGCAGCUGGAGACCAAUCAGCUGGAUAUUGAUGCAACACUGGAGGAGCUGUCAGUGCAGCAAGAGACAGAAGAUCAGAACUACGAACUCUUCCUCGAAAUGAUGGAAGCCCGAAGUCAAGGACACACGUCACCACUAACAACCAAUGGGCAAAGCCCCUCCUCUGGCUCCCAGUCACCCAUCGUACCUCCGAGCUCCACAUCAACAGCCAGCUCCAGCCCGGGCACCCCACAGCCGCCGCAGCCACUUCCCACAAGCUCCACCAUCUCUCCUGAACCGCCCCCAUCCUUUUCACCAGUGCCUGCACCUGAGGCCCUGCAGCCACAUGCGACUCCUUCAGCCGCAGUCCCCCCAGCACCUCCGGCUGCAGCCCCACCACCCAAGCGCAGCAUCAUUUCCCGUCUGUUUGGGACAUCUCCUGCACCAGACCCAUCUCCUCCCCAGCCAGACCCUGCUGCUGCCGCUCCUCCUCCCCACCCUGAAGCCCCUGCAAAGGUACAGAGCGUGGAGGACUUUGUUCCUGAUGACAGCCUGGACCACAGCUUUCUAGAGGAUCCAGCCCCACAGAAGGACAGAGGGAAACCGCAGACUAAACACCGUGUCGAUAGUGAAAGCGAUGGAGAGGUCCCUGGGGGGAACCCCAUGGUGGCAGGCUUCCAAGAUGACCUGGAUCUGGAUGACAAGAUCCCCAGCAGACCCAUGCUGGCAGCAGAACGGGUGCCAAGCAAGGACGUCACCCUCUCCAGUGAGGAAGAGGAAGAGGUGAAGGACUCUAAGGUCAUUCCCACACCUAACGAAGACAUCAAUACAGCGCAGGAGAAAAAAAGGUCUUCCAGAAAUUCUCUGAAACCACAGAGUGAAGCCAUUUUGACCAAAGCAAUGGACCCGAAGCCUCCUGACACUUUACCUCCACGUUCUGGGUCUGAAAGAAACAUUAGCAGCAAGGUCCACACCAGCCUGCCAGCCGCUGCCGCUGCAACCCCAGCAGCAGUCCAGGCCCCGAAGACCACUUCCCAAAGCAAAGGACACACUCUUAAGCAGAAAGUGGUCAAAGAGGAAAAGCCUGAGGAAUCUGACAGUGAUCAAGAGGGACCAAUAGCUACUCAGAUGCUCUCAUUUGUUAUGGAUGACCCGGACUUUGAAAGUGAGGAUUCUGACAGCCAGAAGAAGAAAAUGGAUGAAUUCCCAGUCCGGGAAGAUCUCUCUGAACUAUCGGAUGAUGAUACCUCAUUGGCAAAACCACCCCAGACUGUGAAAGCAACAGUCCACUCCUUUAAACUGAAAAAUGACUCAGAUCUCUUUGGUUUGGGUUUGGAAGAAGCCGGUCCCAAGGAGAGCAGUGAGGAAGAUAAACAAAAGGAGAAAAAGAAGAAGAAAAAGAAAAGCAAAGAGGAGGAAGAGAAAUCUGCAAAAAAGAAGAGCAAACACAAGAAAAGCAAAGAGAAGGAGGAGAGCAAAGACGAGAAGGAGAAGAAGAAAAAGAAAAAGAAGAGCAAGGAGAAAAGCAGUGAGAUAGAUGAACUUGAGGCUUUCCUGGGAGGAGGAGGAGCCAGCAUGAGCAAGCCUGGAGGAGGUGGGGACUAUGAGGAGCUGUAGGUGUCUGCUGCGUGGCAGAUUCCCGGUCGUGCUGUCUCCAUCUUUCCAUAGGAGUCACACCAGGACGGGUGCAGAUCUGUGAAGCUUUGGCUGUUUGCCCAAUAUCCUCUGAAACCAGAGUGGCAAAACAAAAGCUUCACAUCUGUGGGGGCUGUUCUGGUGCGUUCCUUACACAAAGCAAAUCCAGCUGAGAUGUACUUGAGUGAGGGGAUGGUUCAAGGCACAACUUCCAGGCCCGCUUCCAGGCUGUUGUUUUUCUCCUUCCAGAGAUGCCCUGUGGCAAGCUGUCAGGUGUGGGAGGAGAAGGGGACCUGCUGCCUCCUCUGCCCCAGCUAUAUUCUACUCCUGCACACCUGAAAUUCUUGUCUUGUUAAGAGGAGUGCAACAAAACAUACCGCAUGAAUGCAUCGCGCUCGCCUGUCUCAAGUCUUUAACUUUCUGUCCUUCCUAUUUUUGUAAUGAGAAAAGUGGUGUUGGCCAUUGCUCCACCCAGCAGUUGUUGAGCUUUAAAUGGAGCAGAUCGCGAUAUGGUGGUGCACUCAGCAGCCACAGGGCCAGAGCAAGAGAGAGUGAGUGUGAUUUUUGGAGUCCUUUGAACGGGACCUUUCUGCACAGCAGGUUAAUCAGCACUCACUGAUGCUGCUGUUGGCAUUCAGGAAGCCCCUUUGAUUUCCGUGGCCCCAGUGUCUCAGACACUACACGUAAGCUGCUAUGCAGUUUGGGAAAACAAUGCAAAGUGCAAAGCUAACCUGAAAAAGAGAGAGAAGAAUCAGUGCUUUUCUGCAUUUCCCACCCUUGGAUUUGCAUACACUAAAAUCCAUUCCCUUCAGUACCUCUCAGGGACAUGACUCUCAUGUGAAAAUGAAGAUAUCCAGAGCUUCAGAACUGUCUCCAGGGAGGUGUUAGCAUGGCAAGGCGUAUGCUUCUCAGGCAUCUUACAGUGUUGCUGUAAAACCCUGACUGCCUCUAUGCUGAGGGACAAGCACUGCAGCUCAGCCAGUGUCUGUCCUGGGCCAGCGCCUGUCCAUCCUACAGCCGCAUGCCCUGGGCCCAGCCUCCAGCCACCUAUGUGCUGCCUUCCCCUGCAAGUGGAGAGCAUCCUCCAAGCCCCUGCCUGUGGGAAGCCGUAGUCUCUGCUUUGAACCCGAACCAAUGGGUUGAUACCCACAGCUCAGGAGCCAUGGGAGCUGUUGAAUGGGCUCUGCAGGCCCUUUACACUCUCCUGUGUUGCAGUGAGCUGCCCCUGUCUUUGAUGGAGCUUGUGAUUUCUCUGCACCCCUUUUGGUCUGGUUCCAGUGUCCCUUUCACAGCUCAGCCGGGUAAGCUCCUUCCAGGUACUGUGCAUUCCAUGACCCUGUUGCUUGCAGGUUGAUUUGAGGCUUGGUUUUGUUCCCACCAUCAUCUUUUUGUUGUAAAAUGUCAGCCAUGGAAUUCAAACUGGGUUUUUCUUCCACAUCCCUGUAAAGCAAGGUGUCUGUUAGAACCAUGAUCCAUUCCAGAGCUGUCUUGACCAGCAGGCAGUUUGCUGCUCCAUUAUUCUUUUUCCUUCCCCCAGCCUCCAAAAUGCACUUGUAACUCCCUAUAAAACAAACUGGUUUUUUUUGCUGCAUGUGCAGUGUAUCAUUCAGGUCUGUUUUCCAUGAGCAUUUGCCUACUUCUCUGAGCAUUACAUUUCAUGUGACACUGUAGGGAAAUUGCAUGGGACAGUUCAAAUUUUGCACGUCUGGGGACAUAAAAGGGGAUUGGGAUGUGAUGGGUUGCAAAAGGUCAGGCAGGAGCUGAAGCCUCAGCUGGCUGCGUUCCUGAGAGCACUUCUGUUAUGUGAAGGUUUUGGGUCAUGUUCCAUUUUGCAUCGAAAAAGCCUGGUACAGUCCAUCCUGAUUAUAAAGCUCUGUUGUACAACUG